AUGACCCAGCUAUGCAGCCAGCAGAAAGCUCCAGUUACUUGUCUGAAGACGAUUGAUAUAGAAAAAAUUAUAUCAAAUGACCCAGGGGCCGCGAAAGAUCUUCUAGAGGGAGCGGAAUGCCCUGGGUUCUUCUUUGUUAAUUUGCGCACGGCAUCCUUAAAGGACUUACAGGCGGAUAUUGAGACAGUCUUCCAGCUGUCGAAUGAGUACUUUUCCCAACCCCAGGGGGAAAAGGACUCCCACUUCCGAGAUAAUAUUGACCGUGGGUAUAAACGCGGGAAAGGCUACGAGUCUUUCGAGAUUGCGUGUGAUGAACUGAAGGACGAAGAGCUCGCUUUCCCUGGCAUUCUCGCCGAACAUAAAGUGGUGUUGGCCCACUUUACAAAGCAGUGUGACUUAAUAACAAAAAUCAUACUGCACAGCCUCUCCAACAGUCUAGGCCUGCAGGAUGACGACCAGCGACAAAUAGCAAAUCUGGAUGUAAAACCGAGUCCCUCGGGCGUGAAAUUCAUAUCCGCCCCCACAAGUGCUCGCCUAGAGAACACUCCCGAUACCACCCAUACAGAUGGAGGCCUACUCACACUUUUGUGGUGCCCACAGUGGUCCAGUCAGAUCCUAGACCCACGGACCAACACGUGGAGCUGGGUUGAACACAAAGAAGGGCACGUCCUGGUAAAUGUUGCCGAUGCAUUGCAACAGCACACAGGAGGAAGGCUUCAUUCUUGCGUGCAUCGUGUAACCCAGCUAGGCGACGGUAUUAAGAGUCGACUCUUUGUUAGUUACUAUUUAAGGCCAGUUCCAGUUAAUGCUGGUAACACCACUGGUCUUGUACUGACUAUUGAGUGA